AUGUCUAUAAAAUGUCCCAUAGUCGAAGCACCCGAAGCUCGUUCCACGCCCCGAACAAAAGAUGACAAUGGCAGCUGGUUAUCUGCCGAUGGACCAUAUCUCACUUACAUCAAGCAGAGCUGUUCUCGACAGCCCAACCUUGAGUUACCCGAUGGACGCAAUCGUGCUGUUAUGCUGUGCGACAGACAGCAUGUUCGAGCGACAGUUCUUGAGUUGGAUAGUCAAGGCAAAAUGCUGUCGCCUGCGGAAUUCCCUCAUGUUGCACAACUGAGGAAUCAUUUCUCUCAACUGCGAAAGUUGCGUCAAGAUGGCCAAAGUCAUCGGAUGAUCUAUCUUGUCGAAGGCCUAAACACAGAAGUUAUAGCACUUUUAGGUGACGAACUUCAGAUCGACCCUAUGUUCUUUGUCACCCAUGAGAGAACGUCGACAUAUCUGCGAUGGCCGUAUGAGCCCAACCUAGCACCGUGCUUACCCUCACUCAUUGACGGAAAUCGAUCAUUUACUGCAAGCUACUACGACAUUCGAGCUCUUCGCGAAGAGUUCGGGUCCUUCAGUGUAGGAUGUGCAGAAUCUGGAAGAGACGCCUUGAGGACGAAGCUCGGCAAGGAUUGGGAGCCUACAGUUAUCCUUCACCGAAAAUGCUCAUUCUGGAAAACGGCAUUUUCAUUAGAAAAUGACUGGAGAAUUUUAAUCCUCUGCGAUCCACCCUUUCGAAAAGCUCAUAUAUGGCAAAAACCACAGCUAAAAUCUGAGACGUGGUCACUCAAGACUAUAGAAUUUUCUGCACCUCCGUUCCAAGGAGGAUAUGCAGAUUUUAUCCCCAGUCCCUGGACUAUACGGAGCAGAGGAUCAGGGCCUUCACGGGACAGCCUAUAUGACGACCUGCUUCACUACUACACCGAAUGCUACAAUGACAUAUCUGCUAGGCAAGCAGCUCAGCUAGACAUGACUGUUUUCAUGAGGAAGAUCAUAGCGUCUCAUUACAUGCUUUUGAUCGAAUACCACGACGCGCUUCUAUCGACAAUGGCAUUUCCUCUGCAGCGAAAAGACAAUUUUGCAUCUGUUCAGACAACAUCUCUCGAAGCAUCGUGGAGCAAUAUCCAACUUUUAUGCAGUCGACUCAGCAGAUAUAUCAAGGAUGUUUCACAAAUAAUGCUACAGUUGCACAUAAAAUUUGACGAUCCCGUAGUCCCAACCGAUUACACACAGUGGACAGAAUCCGAGUCAGAUUUUCAAUACAUUUAUAUGAGAUUGCAGUCUCUCAGACAAAGAGCAGAGUUUCUAAGCGAGUCGCUCACUGGAGUUACGGGUAUCAAUGGAGCUGCCAGGUCGAUUCGCGAAGCCAAGACUAUCAAGACGUUUACUAUUGUCGCGCUCAUUUUUAUUCCCUUGUCAUUCUCUACGAGUCUGUUUAGUAUGUCUGAGCGGUAUUUGCCUGGCGAGAAGAACUUUGGGGUCUUUUUUAGUGUGUCGUUACCACUCUUGGUAUUCAUUUUUGCUGUUAUACUAUUGUUUGAUCUGGGAUAUGAUGAGAAUAGUAGUUGGACGUUCAAGACAUUUACAACCAGAACAUGGAGGUCAUUAUUCUAA